UGACUGUGGGCAACCUCAGACAGGUGGAGGAGACGUCCUCAAGCAGCAGAACUGCACCGUGGUCGGACCUGAUCGGGCAGGACUGGGCUGGGCUGCAGGACGCUGCUGUGCGCGCUCGGUGCGCGGACCCUCCUGCAGCUGCUGGAUCCACAGCAUGGUCGACUACAGCAUCCAAAACAUGGUCUGGCUGAUUUUCCCAUCCUGAGCUCCCCCUCGCACACAUGCUGGACACUUAAAUGUGGACGCGGGGAGGACGAGGCGAUGGGGAUGUAGUCGGAGGAGUACACAUGGGCUUCGAUUUUUUCCCUGAGAUCAUCGUCGGCUUGUAAUAUUCAUCACUCUGCCUCGGCCAUGGAGAACCAAGCAGCAGCCGAGCCGCACAACUAUGAAGAUGUACAGAAGAGCGGCUAUCUCCGCAAGCAUAAAUCAAUGCACCGGCGGUUCUUCGUGCUGAGGGCGGCCUCGGAGCAUGGUCCCGCUCGCCUCGAGUAUUACGAGAACGAGAAGAAAUUCCGCAGUAAAUCACCUGUGCCCAAGAAAGUCCUGAACCUGGAGACUUGCUUCAACAUCAACAAGCGGGCAGAUUCCAAGAACAAGCACAUGAUCGUCCUUUAUACCCGCAGCGAGAGCUUUGCCAUCGCUGCAGACAGCGAGGAGAUCCAGAACGAGUGGUACCAGGCGAUGCUGGACCUCCAGUGCAACUGUAAAACACCUGAAGACUACGGCAGUAGUGGAGAGUGCAGCUCUCCGUCUCCUGUCCCAACCUUCAAGGAAGUGUGGCAGGUUAAGGUUUGGCCUAAAGGUCUCGGACAUGCCAGGAACUUGGUGGGCAUCUACCGGCUGUGCCUAACUGACAAGACAGUCAACUUUGUCAAACUCAACUCUGAUGUGGCAGCUGUGGUGUUGCAGCUGAUGAAUGUUCGCAGGUGUGGCCAUUCAGAGAACUUUUUCUUCAUCGAGGUGGGUCGGUCGGCAAUUACUGGCCCUGGAGAGUUCUGGAUGCAGGUGGACGACUCUGUGGUGGCUCAGAACAUGCACGAGACACUGCUAGAGGCCAUGAAGGCUCUAAGCGAGGAGUUCCGUCAGCGCAGUAAAUCUCAGUCCGUGGGAACGUCGUGUGGAGGCGGUACUGCUUCAAACCCCAUCAGUGUCCCUAGCCGUCGUCAUCAUCCUAAUCUGCCGCCGAGCCAGGUGGGCUUCUCCAGACGAGCCCGCACAGAGACGCCUGGAACUGGAGGGAGCAGCACGAGCACUUCUCCUACGUCACGCCACGGAUUCCCGAGGGCGCGAACUGCCAGCAUCGGGGCCAGGUCGGAGGAGAGCGGAGCGAGCGCCAAAGGAACGUGGGCCAGCUCCAGCCCGAGUCUUAAUGGGUCCUGCUCAACCACGCCGACACUGAGGCCCAAACCCACCAGGGCCCCAACUCCUGCUAAGAUAACCCUCAGCCUUGCACGUUACACGCCUAACCCUGCUCCCUCUCCUGCGCCGAGUCUCUCCUCCAGCUCUGGGCAUGGCUCAGAGUGUGGCCUGGUGGGGGCGGCGGUGGGAGGCAUGACAAUCUGCUCCUACCCUCGUGUUUCUCAGAGAGUUUCAGUUUCAGGUUCACCGAGUGACUACGGCUCGUCAGAUGAAUAUGGCUCCAGUCCUGGGGAACACUCUCUGCUCGUACCCAGUCUGUCCGGACAUCAUGUACACGGAGAAGGCUCCUCCAGCUAUAUAGUGAUGGGGCAGCGAGAAGGGCUCCUUGGAUCUCAUCAUCGCUCAAAAGGCCGUCGGAUUCUACGGCGUGCAUCCAGUCGGGAAUCUGAGGCCGAACGUAGACUGCUAAGUAAGAGGGCCUCCCUGCCUUUGGCAGCCCACGAACGACUGGCCCCACAUAGAAAAGAUGAAGACGAUGAAGAUGAUGAAGAAUAUGCCAUCAUGAGUGCUAACCGAGAGAGAGCAGUUGGGGGUGGGCAGCAUGAUGUAGUAGGGGAGAAUAGGAAGAGGGCUGAAAAAAGCAGGGGAGAGGUGGAGGCAGGAGCAGCUGUAGAUAGCGGCUAUAUGUCAAUGUUGCCUGGAGUGACGUCUCCUCCUGUUUCACUCUCUCUCUCGAUAGGUUUGUCUGAAGCCAGUGCUAAACCUGGGACAGAUGAUGAGUACAUGGCCAUGACCCCCAACAACAGUGUGUCCCCCCCUCAGCACAUCCACCAGCCCAGCUCAGAGGGCUACAUGGUCAUGUCUCCCAAUAGCAGCAGCUCCACAGACCUGCACAGACUGGGCAUGUGGGAUAGCCGGGGCAGCAUGGAAAGCCGGGCUGCCAGCGACUACAUGAACAUCUCACCUGUCUGCAGUCGCUCUGCCUGCAGCACGCCACCCUCCCACCCCGAGCAGCACCAACUGCAACCAAAAAUGUUCAAUUCCUACUUCUCCCUGCCACGAGCAUAUCAACACACUCUCUAUACUCGCUUUGAGGAGGACUUAAAUAAAGGGGAAGGAAAAAAGGAAGGCAGUGGGCAUGAUAGUGCUGGAAGAGGAGGGGGAGUAGGAUACAGCAAGAGGAACAAAAUUACAGUGGGCUCUGCAGGAGGCUGUCAACUCUCCAUGUCUUCCUCUUCUUUCUCCUCCAGCUCAGCCAGCAGUGAAAGCCUGGAAGACAAGUCCAUAUCAGCAGGGAGAGGGUUAAGUUUAUUAAGAACUGGGGCGGAGUACAAGAGUGCAGGAACAUGCACAAAGGAUGGGCGUCACCAUCAAAAACGUGGAUCAAGUAGUAAGAGCCCAAAGCAGCAAAGGAGGGGUCGUCCCCUCAGCGUGUCCUCAGACAUUACUAAAGCCAACACCCUGCCUAGGGUGAAGGAGAAUCUGAUGCCAUCAGUGUCUCAAAAUGUUGGUGAUUAUGUCAGCAUUGUGUUCAAGGAGGACAGUAAGUAUGAUGGAGGUGGACGUGUGGGGUCUAAACGUGAACAACCUGUCAUCCAUGGAACCCUCCGGCCUGUAAAUCAACCACUCCUCUGCCAUGAUAACCCUGCCAACCUCCCCCGCAGCUUCUCCGCUCCGCUGUCCACCUCUGCCGAAUACGUUAGCAUGGAUUUAGGGAAGACCUCGAUGCCCCUGACUCCAGUUAGGACCACGUUCAGCACUCCACAGGGCCCACCAGCCGUCGCCCCCAAGGCCCGCCACGAACACGGCACGUCCUCUCCUCUGGCAGCAGAGGGCAAUGCCGGGUACAGAGCAAAAGUAAAGAUGGCGGGAAUGCCAGCAGACGCCCCUACUCCAUUUGUGGACAGCAAAGGUUCAGAUCCCAGCAUUUCAGCAAGACCUGCCAUCCACUCUGGUCAACCCUUAUCCAUGGAGCAGGAGACCGGGUCGGGCUUUUCCCCAGUCAAGUCCUUCCAGUCCCCUGAGCGGAGCAGCAGACUGGUCCGAGGUGACCCGCAAGGACGGCAGAGCCACCGAUCAGAGACAUUUAACUCGCCUCCCUCCCUACCACGCCACCCACCCUCUUCUACCUCCCUCUUCCCAGAGGGCAGCCAGGCAGCGAGCCAUCGGCAUGGUUUGGAUUGCUCACUGUGGGAGAACCGGCAGGCAGCUACUUUAUCUGCCACACCUCCACCACAAGCCUCCACCUCAUCAGCUGAACAAGGCCUUAACUAUAUUGACCUUGACUUGGCCAUUAAAGAGAGCCCUCAAGCUGGAGUGGAGCAUACCUCUGCCGCCUACAACAUCGGAGGAAGCGCGAUGGGCAGCAGUGCUGGCUCCAGCCUCAACACUUAUGCCAGUAUUGAUUUCUAUAAAUCAGAAGAACUGAGAGCACACCAGAGCAGUAGAAAGGAUGGUCAAGAUUGUUGAUCUCAGUCUUGGUUUUUCGGAUCUGAGCGUGACGGCGGCGUGACAGCUCCACACUCAGUCUGCGAGGGGGGGGACAGUCGGCGGCCCGAUCUGUUGCCACAACAGAACUGUACGCUGGAGUCUGAAUGCUGGAAACCCUGGAAAAACUCAUCCCCAUCCCGUCUGCUGUUUUCUGUCAACCAAAUGUGUGCCAAACACACACACACACACACACACACACACACACAAACACACACAGGGGUAAGGAAAAUGCUUUGUUUUUGCCUUUAUUUUGAAUCAAAAUGACAUUUCAUCAUCAUUCUACUUAAAAUAGGUGAAGGAUGACGAUGUGAUACGUGAUUGUGUAUGAGCGCUCGUUGUGUUAAUCAUGGUGGCAUCGUCAUACGCUAACAAUCAUGCAGGCAAAGUCACAGAUUUACAAAGCCUUCAGGGAAUCCCGCAAACGGCGGAUAAAGUCCGUCUGUCUAUCGAUCUGAAUCGACACAAACCCAGCUGUGCUAAUUUAAACUUGAAUCCUCCAGAUUUUUGUCUUUAUAUAUCCUCACAUCAUCCUUCCUUUGUCCAUGUUUGACAAGUUAAAUGAUCAUCAGGUGUCAUUUUUACUCAGAAUAAGAAAGGAAAUGCAGCUCGGCAGAGGUCUCAUACACUCACACACGCUGUCACUGUAAACAUAUUUGAUUUAUUAUACACAGUUGCCUGAAAAAAAGUCUUUAUGCUUCUCAACCAUUUUUUUUGUGCUACUGAGGGACUCAAAAUGUGCUGAAUAUCUGAGGAAAAGUACAGUUUGUACAAUUGGCAAUGAGAACUAUGUUAAACAAAUUGAAGUUAGACGUAGUUUUUCAAGUUUUUUCUGUCAGUUUUUCACACGAGAAGAGAACGGCCGUGCGAAAAUCCCACACGUGUUAUGCAGUCUUUUGUGAAAUUCACGGUCGUGUAAACGGCAUUAAACAAUUAGGAUGUCGUAUCUUUAGGUUGUAGUUGAGUUUUGAGAGCAGUGGCUCCCUUUUUAUCCAUUCAGAAUUGUCCUACCCUAACUCUGUUUUCAGAAUCAAAUCUUAUCCCUUAAUCUCCAGCAGCGAACACACGCAGACGCAGGACACAUGUUUAUACAGCCCCAGCUUUGAUUAUGCAUAAACUAAACAUGUCUUGUCCUGCGGCUGAUUCUCAAACUGGUGCCAGUACGAUGGCUCACUGGUUUAUAUGGCGUUUGAAGAGAAAGUUAACUGAUCACUUAUCUGCUGUAUGUCAACGCACAGUGGGAUGCUCCGUCCUAGAAAACUAAAUUUAGUAUUAUUUCAUCUCAAAACACAAUUGGCCAUUCAUUCAUUUGUUGGAUUCUUAUGUGCUGCAGGGAAAUGUCCCACUAAAGCCACAGCUUUCAUGCAGCAUGGCGGCGUUUUAUGAGAAGAUGUUUGAUGUCGCACAGUUCUGGUAGCAAAAGCUGGCGCGUAGAUUCACAACAGUGCAUUUAUUUAAUAAUCACUGCAUCCAGCAUUGCAUAGAAACGGCCAAAUUAACAUAACAUUCUUCUGCUGUGCAUGUAAACUGCGUAAUCAAAUUGGCUUCAAACACGCAGUAGGGACAAUAAUUAGACUGUAUGUAUGUAAAUUCAGAUGUGCUGAAGGGACCUGAUAACGGACUUGUUAGCGAGGGAAGCUGAAUACUGCAGUGUUGAGAAGAAAACAUUUAGAAACAGGUCAGGGACUGUACAAAAAUGAUUGUGGUGGUGUCGGGAGGUCAGUCAUUAUUUUUUAUUUCCUUUUUUCAAAAAAAAGCACCAUUGGAUUCCACUUCGUAAUGAGACAUUAGAUGAAGCUGAGAGUCGAUCAGUUCCCCGUACACCUGAGGUGCAGGAACAGAUGUAGGCACGAUGUCACGAUUAUCCUGCCAAUGACAGUAGAUGCGAUUCACGAUAUUAUCCCGAUGAUCAUCGUAAGCAUACUUGUGAAGUGUACCUAAAACCUGGAAUUACUUUAUCUGACAGAUAUUUUUAUGGCAUCACAGAUAGGACACUUAUUUUUCAUUAGCAUCCUUUUUAAUGAUUAAAAAGAACAGCUUGUUCAGCGAGCAGACCUGGAUGGUGGUCACAGAGAGAGGAUUGCAAAUCGGUGACAGGCUUAGCAUCUUGGAAUGUCUUUUCACAAUUUUUGUAUAAAUCCAGAUGGUGUGCAACUGUACAUCGACGAGCGAUCGUUUUUUUUUAAGUUGACUAAUGAGGAUAUUCACAAUUAUUGUUAUAAUGGAAUUUCACCACAAUCAGCCAGUCCCUGGUGUUUGUCAUCCUGUUUGGCAAUAAGAUAUUUAAUUGUCCUCGUUCCCCAGCCAGGUGUGUUAGAGAUGUCUCAGAGCGCAGUGUUAAAUAUCAAAGCGUCCGCCAUCUUUGUCAGCCAUCUGUCAAAAUUCUCCUGGAUGGUGACAAACCACCUACUUCUUUGAGCCUCUCGACCCCAUAAUAAAAACACAUUUGUACGUUUGACCCUUACUGCGGCCUACAUAUGAAAUCAUUAUAUAUUUGCUAGUAAGUUGAUGACCAAAUAAGAAACAAAGUUUUUUACGUAAGUGUUUACUGUACAUUUAAAUCUGACUUUACUUUGAAAAGGUCAGGAAACCGAUUACCUCAGAGUUACUAAGCAAAGUAGACAAUUGAAUUAAAUGUGUUCAGGCUGAAAGGUUUUUGCACCUUGAAAGUAUUACUCUACUUUACAUGGUAAAUUUGAGGAGACGGAUUUCCUCGAUGUUUUAUUAUUGAUUGAUUAGGACCAAAUAAGAUCUAACAUUGAUACAUUUUGAACCAACAUGUAGCAUAAAAUCAUUGAGAAGUGUGAAUGCUUUUUUUUUGGCAACUGAGCUUGUUCUAUUUCAACUGUAUAUUGUACUAUAGUAUAUACUACAGUACACAAGUAGAAGGACAGAAACUAUAGUACAUACUGUAGUUUGUUUUCAGUCAACACAAUUCUAAUAUAAAGUGACACAUUACAAUGGUAUAUGAAAUAUACAGUAUACAUAUAAUGAUUAAUACUAUAUAGCCUAGAUAUCUAUAUACUCUUUUAUAAAGUGCCUCAUUUUUGAUUGUAGCUGUUUUUACACAGGUAAUCUGAAAAUGGGUUGUGAAAAUGGACAAAAACAAAAAAAAAAAGUGUUGUUUCUCUCCUGAGUCUAAAUUGUGAACACGUUGAUCUUUGCAGAGGACAGAACUGGAAAACUUCUACUGCUAUCAGUCAGCCAUAAUCAAAUUGCCUUACUGUGUUUAUCAGAAAAAAAAUCUCAUUUUUUCGUAUUAUUUUUGCAGUGCCUAACACUUCAGCCACAAUGUAAGCACUCCCUCGCUCUUUUUGGUUUUGGCUUCGUCAAGCUGAGGUUUGGCCAGGAAAAAAAAAUCUCUUUCUUUCUUUCUUUCUUUCUUUCUUUCUUUCUUUCUUUCUUUCUUUCUUUCUUUCUUUCUUUCUUUCUUUCUUUCUUUCUCUCUCUCUCUCUUAGUAGUUUCACACCCUGGGAUAUCUCCACUUCAGGCCAUAUUGUCCAUUUUCUUUACUCUUGGCUUCGAUCCGACGGCCAGUUGCAGAUAGGAAACAGGAUUAUAAGUGGACAAAAAUAAAGAUUAACUUUCUGCGUAAUAUGUACUUUAAUGUCAAAUGAUGUUUUAAUGACUUUCCCUGUUUUUACACCCAGGAACAAUAGAAUAAUACAGUUCCUCUAUGGAAGCCCUGAGGGGCAAGAGAAGUGUUUUUCUUUUGUUUGCUUUUUAAGGAUAAUCUUUCUAAUUUGCUUAAUUUCUUUCCAUCUGUGCAAACGUGUUGCGAAGUAAAAGUCUUUUCAGGAGAACGUGUGAGACUUUGUGUCACAGAAAAAAAAAGUUUUCCUGAAAGAAAAACGGAACUUUUAAGGAUUGCAAAUAAUAUUUUUCCUUAAAAAAAACAAUAAAAUGUCCUCACUCGCCCUUUAUGUUAAGUUUACCAUAUCUUGUAAAUAAAAUGUGCACUAUUUUACUUAUCAGUAUCUUUCGAACGCCAAAAACAAACGUUAAAAAAAAAAGAGGUGAUUUUAACCCCCUGACCGCUUCUCUGGCCUGAAACAGUAUUAACACACUCGUGUAUUGUUCUUAUUUUUUGGAUGUGGAUUCUCUGGACAUGGUUUUAGCUCCCAGAAGGUGUGAAUAGUGCUGCUUUUCUCUCUCGCUCUCUCUCUCCUUUCUCUCUACACUUGGUGGUCUAAACUAUGAGACGCUCCUGCUCACACUUCAUGGCUUUCUAACACUCUGCUGCUGUCAAAACAAAUUGCCAAAAAAACAACAACAACAACAACAAAAAACAUCAAGUCCGACAAUUCAAAAGGUCUAUUAGAGUAUUAAAGGAUGGACGCAAAUCAGUCAUAGAUCUGAUUUUUUUUUAACACUUAUUUUAAACUCUCUUUUUCACAUGACAGCCACUGGGCCAAAAAAAAAAAAAAAAAAACAACUAGUUGUUGACAUUGAAAAUGGAGUUCUUUUUUGAUAAGCAGUGUUUUUUCUUAAGGUAGUGUGACUUAUAGUUGAUGACUGGUUGCGUACUGUAUCCAGAGCCUCUGACGGAGAGUUUGGUCAUGUUAAUGUUUAAAAAAAAAAAAAAAUAGAUGAAAGAAAAAGAAAUCAAACUUCACUGAUGACCAAACUCAGGUCGGUCCAGGCUCUGGCUGUGUGUAUACAGGGUGCAGAUGGAGGCUUUCUUGACGUAUUUUUGACACUGGUAGCUUUUCCCACAUUUAGAUUGAGUUGCUAACUAACAGUUUUGACCCUGUUGCAGAUGUUAAAUGCUUCACUGCACUUGCACGCUGUCAGACACACACAAAAAAGAGUUUUAAUCUUAGAGGUAAAAAAAAAAACAAGACAAAACAAAAGGCCCAGAGAUUUGGAGAGAUUCCUCACAAUGACCGACCCCGGCCCCUCAACUCACAUCUGAAAGGACGCUCAAGUGCCUGGCUGUGAUUUACUGGUCAUUAAUCAGUUCUGUUUUGAGUUACCUCAACGCAUAGGUAGAAAUUCAAACCAGCUCCUGGAAGUCUUCCACACAUUGUUCUUCAGUGUUCAGUUGGAGAUGUGUGCAAACACCUGUCCCACAUUUCCUUUUCGCCAAAAAAAAAAAAAAAAAAAAAAAAAAAGGUCUCUGGUGCCAAAGUUUUAUGUGUGAUGGUGAUCUGUGACACCGAAACUGAUAUAAAGUCUGGUUUUUACAAAAUUUGUGAGGCACUUAUUAGUCACUGUUUUUAAUUCUAUGAGAUAAAUUUCUGUAUAUCGACUGAGCACAGCCCACUACUGCCAACAGUUUGUGCUCGUUACUGAGAACUUUAUUGCCAAACUCUUGUAUAACAAAUCCAUGCAGACACACGGACUCGUUCCACUUUUAUAACUUGUGUUGCUCUUUUGUUGAAGUGAUCUUUUAUAAUCUCUUUGUUAUUCCGUCAGUGUUACUCUUCUAAUUGGGGAUUACCAAGAUUCUCUGACUUUGCCUCAUAAUCUCGAGUUCGAGCAGACGUAACAGUUGGUAGUAAAGCCCCUUGGAGUGUCUCAGAAGGGUUUUCCAGAUAUUACUGACGUCAGAAUAGGAAGGAAGGCAUAAGUAAAGAGCUGUGUAUUUGGGUAAAGAUCAUUUAUUGUAUUGUGUAUUUCCAAACUGCUUCAACAGCGUGAGGCUCUCUGCAGUGUUUCCAUUCUCAUGACACGCGGCGGUCGUGUGCAAAAAAAAAAAAAAAAAAAGCUUCU